AUGGUUUCGUGGAAUUUGCUGUCCAUUGCGCUUGCAAUUGGCGUCGUCUCAGUUCAAGCCGCACCAUUGGAAACUCGCUCAAUCAGCCAAGACCUCUUCAACAAAUUUAACCUGUUUGAGCAAUACGCCGCCGCGGCGUACUGUGCCAACAACAACAACUCUCCCGGCAACAAAGUCACUUGUCCGCCGGGCAACUGUCCCCUCGUAGAGGCAUCCAAUACCGUUACCUCUCUUGAGUUUCAAAACUCCCUCCUAACAGACGUAACCGGCUUCGUCGCCAUCGACUCCACGCACUCCCUCAUCGUCGUCUCCUUCCGCGGGUCCAACUCCAUCCGGAACUUCCUCGCGGACGCCGACUUCCCGCUCGUCACCACCGACAUCUGCGCCGGCUGCUCCGCGGACCAAGGCUUCUGGACAUCCUGGGUCGAAGCGCGGUCUGGCGUCCUCGCGGCAGUCGAGGCCGCCGCUUCCGCACACCCGUCCUACCAAGUCGUCGUCACGGGCCAUAGCCUGGGCGGCGCGAUUGCAGACUUCGCCGCCGCCGAGCUGCGCAAAGCCGGGUACAACGCGGCACUAUACACGUUCGGCUCGCCGCGGAUCGCGCCCGCGCCGCUGAGCGACUAUAUCACGAAUAACCCCGGCGCGGGCAAUUACAGGGUAACGCACUACGACGAUCCGGUGCCCCGCCUGCCGCCGCUCCUGCUGGGCUUUGUGCAUAUCAGUCCCGAGUAUUGGAUAACCACGGGGAACGAGGUGCCCGUGACGCCCGGCGUGAUUGAGGUCUUGACGGGCGAUGUGAAUCUUAGUGGAAAUACGGGCGAGCCGCCGGGGCUGGAUCUCGAUGCGCAUAGUUGGUAUUUUGGUAAUAUUAGUGCGUGUGGAAACUUUGAGAUUUAUAGGGAGUAG